AUGUCUCACGAGGAAGACCUCAUCGACUACUCCGACGAGGAGAUCCAGCCCACCGAGAUACCUUCCAACGGCGCCGCAGGUGCGACCAAGGCCGACCUCACCGCUGGUGAAGCUGCAGGCGACAAGAAGGGCAGCUAUGUCGGCAUCCACUCCACCGGUUUCCGCGACUUCCUGCUCAAAGACGAGCUCGUCCGAGCGAUCACGGAUUGUGGCUUCGAACAUCCUUCCGAGGAAGGGAAUUUGGCUACACCAGAUGGACGGACGCUUCGCUCCCCACGCUUCGUUUCGACCACUUUCAAGACCCAUUCUGACAUACAUUGUGCCCUACAGUCCAACAAGGUUACCAUCCCCCAGGCCAUCCUAGGAAACGAUGUCCUCUGCCAGGCCAAGUCCGGUCUCGGAAAGACAGCCGUCUUCGUGCUCGCUACUCUCCAGCAGAUGGACGAGAAGCCAGAGGCCGGUGCUGCAACCAUCCUAGUCAUGUGCCACACUCGCGAGUUGGCCUACCAGAUUCGCAACGAGUACAACCGCUUCGCCAAGUUCCUGCCCGAGGUUAGGGUCGGCGUGUUCUACGGAGGUACACCCGUUCAAAAGGACAUUGAGCUCCUCAGCAACAAGGACAGCCACCCGCACAUUAUUGUCGGAACGCCCGGUCGUAUCAACGCUCUCGUCCGCGACAGGCAUCUUCGCCUUGCCAACCUCAAGCACUUUGUCCUCGACGAGUGUGACAAGAUGCUCGACCAGCCAGACAUGCGCAACGACGUCCAGGCCAUCUUCCGCGCCACUCCCCAGCACAAGCAGGUCAUGAUGUUCUCAGCCACCCUUAACAAGGAUGUCCGAGUCGUCUGCAAGAAGUUCAUGCAGAACCCGCUCGAGAUCUACGUCGACGAUGAGAAGAAACUCACACUCCACGGUCUGCAGCAGUACUACAUGAAGCUUGACGAGAAGGAGAAGAACCGUAAGCUCAACGACCUUCUCGACAGCCUGGAGUUCAACCAAGUCAUCAUCUUCGUCCGUUCGACUCUCCGCUGCUCGGAGCUUGACAAGCUUCUUCGCGAGUGCAACUUCCCUAGCACUGCGGUCCACUCUGGUAUCAGCCAAGAAGAGCGAAUCAAGCGCUACAAGGAGUUCAAGGAGUUCCAGACCCGUAUCUGUGUCUCCACUGACAUCUUCGGUCGUGGUAUCGAUGUCGAGCGUAUCAACGUCGCCAUCAACUAUGACAUGCCCGACAAGGCUGAUGCCUACCUUCACCGUGUCGGUCGUGCCGGUCGUUUCGGAACCAAGGGACUUAGUAUCUCCUUUGUGAGCAGCCCAGAUGACGAGGCCGUUCUCAAGUCAAUUGAGGAGCGUUUCCAAGUCGAGCUUCCCGAGUUCCCCGAAAACGGCAUCGAAUCGGCCACAUACAUGGACAACUAG